AGCACCAGCGGUGGCAAACAGAGCCAGUAUACCCCAGCGCUAGUGCGGUGGUGCCUAAACCCUCCCGAUUCCAACAUGUUCGCCUCCAUCUGCCGGCGGCGGCUCGUCCUCCGCCUCUGCCAGAUCCCCGCUGCCGGCGGCACACACCCCUUCCGGCCGAACCCCAGCGAUGCCCUCCUCUCCCACGGCUACUCCUCAACCGCCCUCGCGGGCGCCGCCGGCUCCGAGCCCUGCCCAGCCACCGUCUCAUACCUGGUCUCGUGCGGCCUCUCCCCCGCCGCCGCAGCCACCCACAAACUCCGCAUCCGCUCCACCGCCAAGGCCGACGCCGUCCUCGCGCUUCUCCGCCGGUACGGCUUCUCCGACGCGGACAUCACCGAGAUAGUCCGCCGAGCCUCGCUGAUCCUCACCCUCGACCCCGACCGGAUUCUCCGCCCCAAGCUCGAUCUAUUCGCCUCCCUCGGCGUCCAGCCUCGCAAGCUCGCCACGACGCCGCUCCUCCUCACGCGCAGCCUCGACAAUCACCUCGUCCCCUGCAUCCAGUUCCUCCGCGGCAUCCUCGGCAGCAACGGCGACAUCUGCCACGCGAUCUCCCGCACCCCACGCGCCCUCAUGGCCGACCUGGAGAAGAACAUGCGCCCCGCCGUGGAGGCACUCCGCCGCCUCGGGCUCCCGGAGGAUGCCCUCUCGAAGCUCCUCAUUAUAGAGAUGGGCGUGCUCAUGAUUUCGCCCGACCGCAUCAGCGAGAUCUUCGAGGACCUCAAGGCGCUCGGCCUGGGCGUAACGGACACGGGAUUCCUCUACGGCAUCCGCGCGCUGUGCUGCCUCAGUAGGGAGACAUGGCUGCGGAAGGUGGCCCUGUACCAGAGCUUGGGGGUGUCCGAGGGUGAGCUGCGCAAGGCGUUCAAGACACAACCCACGAUAGUGCUCUUCUCCGAUGAGAGCAUAAGGAAGAAGCUCCGGUUCUUCAUGGACGAGCUGAAGCUUGAAUUAAGCGAUGUAAUGGGGCAACCUGUGCUUAUAGGGUAUAGCUUGGAGAAGAACAUCAUACCAAGGUGUGCCGUGCUGAGCGUGUUGAUGAGGGAGGGGAAGAUUGAACCAGAUAUCAAGUUACGGAAUGCGUUGAUCGGUAGUACCAAGAUCUUCUCGGAGAAGUAUGUAUUGAGGUAUGCUCACGAUGUGCCAGAUGUUGUGAAGGCAUAUGAGGGUAAGAUUAAAUUUGAAGGAUUCAGUGAUCAGGAUGUGUUAGUUCCACUAAAGCCAUGAAACAGGUAGUCCAGUAGAAUCAAAUCACUAUAGGUAGUCCAUUGAGAUCAAGGCAUGCUAUGGUUCUAACACUGUUUCACAGUGCGACGUUACUCCAUUCUUGGCCAUUUUUCACCAUGUAUCAUCUUUAUUUGUAGUUUAGCAUUUGCCAUUUUGUAUCCUCUGGUCUAUCAAAUCUUUAAACAUAGAUGUGAUGUUGUCAAAGUUACUUGAUCUGAUAUGUUGAACCAGUUCAUUCUAUUGUUUAUGCUUUUAAGGUAGUUCUACCAAUAUAUGGUGAUUUGCAAACUUGUCGCUGGAAUGGACAUAGUGCUUCUUUUACUCUCUGGCUGAAGUAUAUCUGUUCCUUUCUAA